AUGCUGGCGCUGACGGGCAUGGGGUUCGACCUCAACUUUCCCGCCAACCGCCUCAAGCAGGCGUACGGCGAGGCGGCGUGUUCCGUGCUGAACUUCCUGACGGACAAGGCGCUGUCGGCGACGGGUUUCGUUUGGCGGAGGCCAGUGUACGCGGCCGAGGACGCCGUAGAGGAGGCGGAGCCGGUGGAUGACUGCGACAUGGCCGACAUCGCCGACGAGGCAGAGGUGGAGGAGGAGCAAGAGGACGAGCAGGACUUUUCCGACCUAAUCAAGGCCGAAGAGGACGACGACAUGAGGGUCAGCGACAUUCAGGCAGCCAUGCUCGAAGCCAAAGUCGACCCCGUGGAGUGGAAGCGAGAGUUGGAGCGCGUGGGUCCUAAGCUCAAGGUGCGCCAACACCCUCACCAGCACAGGGAAGAGAUUGGACAGGCAAGGCGAUGCUGUAUCGCGUUGGGCGCCACGGCGCUUGUGCUUGCGUGCAUGCAGAUGGCGGCCUCUGCUGCGGGGAAGGAAUGGCGAGGGCACGUCGAGCAGACCAAGAAGCACGAGGAGGCGAUCCAGGCCGCCUUGCCCGUGACCACGACACAGCUCGCUCUGAUAGGGACCGAGCUCCAUGACGAGCUCAAGGCCGUGGAGCUGAAGCACCAAACCACGAGCGGGUCGGUGGGAGAACUUACGGAGUCCCUUGCGGCCUUAAGCGACGAGCUCCAGGAGCUCAAGGAGAAGAUGGACUCCAAGGGGGACGCGAUGAGCGAGGCGAGCCCUUUGGUGAGCAUAAAGCAGGCGCUGCAGCAGAUCAAGGCGGAGAUCAAGACGUUCGACCUGCAAAUCGGUGUCGUGAGCCACACCCUCCUGUCCACGAAAAUACGCAGGAGCAAGGCAAACUCCCCAAAGGGAUCGAGGGGCGGUGGCACGAAUAGCAGCAGCAGGAGGACGGCAGGAAUUGGCGAAGACGACGAGGAAGACUUCGACAUGAGCGAUAGCGGCGAAGAUUGA